UGGUGGAAGUGCAUCCUGGCCCCGCCCCUUCUUGACGUCACCUGACGUCACCAGGAAGUCCAGUGAGAACCAACCGAGACGACAUCAUGGCAGCAUACACAGACCCACGCGGUGAUGAUGACGAGAUGCCCGAGCUCUCAGACUGUGAUGAUGAUGAUGACGUUGUUGGUGAUGAAGAGCAGUGGCUGUGGCUGGAGGAGGAGGAGGAGAGUCAGAUAGUUAAUGUUACCUGUCUGUUCUGUGACAGGUUGCUGAGCUCUGUGCCUGCCACCCUGCAGCACUGCAUGGCGGAGCACCAGAUCAACCUCGUAGACGUGAUAAGAAAACACAAUUUAGACGACUACGGCUACAUAAAGAUGAUCAACUUCAUACGGUCAACGAAAUGUGAUGCAUCCUGUCUGACGGCGCUGCCAGACGCUGCCUUACCCUGGGAGAGUGAAGACUUCCUGCGACCCGUCCUGCAGGACGACCCCCUGCUGCAGACAGACCCCGAGGAGCUUUGUGAGGAGUCGAGCCUGUCGACGUGCCCGUCGUCGGGGGCCGAGUCCCAUGAUGCACUGCAGCAGAGAGCACAGGCCGCUGAGGAGAGAGCUCGUAGCUCAGAAGAGGCGCUGGCCAGAGCCAUGGAUGACCUGCACAAACUCAAGCUGCUGGCUCAGGGUCUGGUGCUCAACGCAGAAACCAGCAGACCUGGAAACCUGGGCACUGUGGCUGAGCUCCGGGAGGAUGAGGACGAGGCCUACUUCAGCUCAUACGGCCAUUAUUACAUCCAUGAGGAGAUGCUGAAGGAUAAAGUGCGCACGGAGAGUUACCGCAACUUCAUGUACCGCAACCCUGAAGUGUUCAAAGACAAGGUGGUGCUCGAUGUGGGAUGCGGGACUGGCAUACUGUCCAUGUUCGCUGCCAAAGCUGGGGCCAAGAAGGUCAUAGCCGUCGACCAAUCAGAAAUCAUCUAUCAAGCCAUGGACAUAGUCAGGUCCAACCAGCUGGAGGACAAGAUCACUCUGAUCAAAGGCCGCAUAGAAGACAUCAAGCUCCCGGUGGAGAAGGUGGACAUCAUCAUCUCAGAAUGGAUGGGUUACUUCCUGCUGUUUGAGUCCAUGUUGGACUCUAUCCUGUAUGCCAGAGACCUCUACCUGGCUGACGGUGGCUCAGUCUACCCCGACCUUUGUAACAUCAGCCUGGCAGCAGUCGGAGACGCACAGAAGCACCAAGACCACAUUGCAUUCUGGGACGACGUGUACGGCUUCAACAUGGCGUGCAUGAAGAAGGCCGUGGUGCCGGAGGCUAUGGUGGAAGUGGUGGAAGCAGACAAGCUCAUCUCUGAACCUGCAGUCAUACAGACUAUUGACUGUAACGGAGUUUGUCUGUCUGAGCUGGAGUUUGCAUCAGAUUUCUGCUUGAAGAUAACAAACACCACAGACAUCACGGCAAUUGUCGGCUACUUUGACAUUUUCUUUGACAAAGGCUGCGGCAACAAGGUGAUGUUCUCCACGGGUCCCCAGGUCACAAAGACGCACUGGAAACAGACCGUCUUCCUACUGGACAGGCCUGUCCCUGUCCAAGCAGGGGAGGAGCUCAAGGGAAAGAUCACCGUGCGUAAAAACAAGAAGGACCCUCGCUCGCUGUUGGUCACCUUUGACCUCGGAGACAGGAAGCAGACUUACAGCCUCCAAUAACGUCAGCCAUCGCAGCGGUGCAACAUCCAGCAGAUAUAGCCCACAUGUGGGAGCAGGAUAGAAUUAAACAUUUGAUUUUGAUAAUGUUAGGAUUGUUUAUGUGCCUUGUAAUAAAAAGAAAACAUGACAUAUGA